AUGAGCAUCCGUGACAAGCUGGAGAACGUUUUAAAAGAAAUACAAACUCAGCUUGACAAAAUCGACGACCAUCUGAAAAAGACUACUUUUAAAGAUCCUGAUUCAAGCUUUGAAGAAUAUUUAUUGAACACAAAAGAAGAAUAAUAAUUAAAUAGCUCGGUGGAAAGGGUAAUUCAUUCCGUGAAUUCCCUCUCCUUCUCACCCACUUUUAUUAUUAUAGAGCUAGGUUUUUUACACGUGGACUUCUGGACGGUGUAAAAUGGCGAGGAAUUUUUAUCUCGCCAGCCUUGGAUAUCAUGCUUUACCUCUUUCCUCGCCGAUAUAAAAAGCAGCACCCUUAGGCCUAAAAGGCGCUUGAGGGAAGUCGGAUAGAGCGAGGUAACGCGCCAAGUCGUUAGUGCUUCCUGUACUUCUGGAUUCCCAAAUGGCUUCACAGGAUUAGGAGGAGCGAGGCACGACAUACGUGUGAGAAUAGCGACAAAACGGAGAAAAAAGGCGCCUCAUGGUGAUGUGCAACUCGAGGGUCAACUACAGGUCGAGUUAAAUUUAGCUAAUUAAGAUUAAGAAUACAAAAGAAGAGCUUGAAAAACAAAAAAAUGCUCUCAUAAAUGAAUUUGCUGAUAUCGAAGAUCUGAAUUCUUCAAUCUGUUUAGCUUUUCCAGCAAAAAAAAAGGUGAAAAAUAAAGGUCCUGAGCUAGAACUUAAGGUUUCGACAGAAAAAAAAGCCCCUGCUCGUAAAUCCACUAGCAACUUGUUAAUCAAUCCGAACAAUUGCACCUGAAACCGAACUCCUAGCCAGCAGAACAAAACCCCGGCGUCUCCAGUAAAUAAUGCAAAUGCCGAAGAACCGAAAAGUCCUCAAACCACGACUUCGUGGUCUAAAAACUGGAGGUAUGAGGCUCCUCCUGAUAUAGAGGAUUCUUUUCGAAAUCCAUUGGAGAUGCUGGAGGAAUCAGCGAUAUAGCACACCCCUUGUGGUUGCUCGCCAUUAAGUACCCCCUUCCCAUGUCACCCACCCCUGAAAAUUUUAAAUGUAAAAAUAUUAUUUGACUAUUCCCUCAAAUCUUUUAACUUGUCAAAUUAAUAUUUUAGCAUGCUAAAAUAUUUGGGACCGUUAGGGGGUAGGUGGUAUGGGAGGGGGUGCUCAAGGCUGAUCCAAAACGGGGUGUAAGCUAUACUUGAGCCUAGGAUUUAUAGGGCUCAAACUUCCUGAGAAGAGCUUGAUCAGGACAAAGAAGAAUUUAAAGAGGUUGAUUUUAGAUCAAUCAGCUGGGAGCCUGAUCCGCCUUUAAGAUAUAAAGAUGAAAGUCCGAGAAAUCUGGCACAAAACCAAGUUUUAAAAAACCAAGGAACUUAUAAUGAUUAUGCGAGGAAAAAUUGCAAAACUAUUGCAUCAUUAACAAGCUCUCUUGAAGAAUUAAUAGAAGCAACUCAAACAGAAGAAGAACUAAAGCCACAACUAAAAAAGGCAAACACAUGGGGAAAAGAGCCUGUAUAUAGAGAUCUUUUGGCACCUAACAACCCAAAAAGCUCUUCUUAUUCUCGCUUAGGCUCUCAAAAUACCCCAAGCAGCGAUUUACCAAAGCCAAAGAAAAAAGUGAUCCCAGCUAUCAAAAUUGAUAGUGUAAAAGAAACAGGCCCAGAAGAGCCAGACGAACUUAAUGCCUCAGAAAUUCAAAAGCUUGUUGAGCUUGACAGUGAAGACUUAGAAAUCCAAGACUCGAUCGAAAAAAUGAACAAAUUGAGAGAAAUUAAAAAUAAAGCGCAUGAAGAAAUGCUGAAUAUUAAAGAAAAAAUUUUGCAGGCUAAAGAAAAAAAGCUGGAAACUUUAUUAAAUCAGCUGGCAGCCCAAACAUCUCCAAAAUCAGCUAAUGAAACUAAAUCAAACAAUGCGAGCUAUAUAAAGCUUGGCCUUCCGUCGCUAUCAAGAUCAAGGCUAAGCCCAAAUGUCUUUAAAAGCAACUCAAAUUCCCCAAGACCUGUUUCUCAUAAAAAUGAAAAAAAUAAAAUAAUUGCUCCUAUCAAGAGAAACAAAGAAGGGUCAAUUUCUCCAAGAUCGCAAAAUAUGUAUAUAGAAAAAAGAAUUCAGAAAAUUACAACUGGCGAAGGAAAAAAUAUUUUAUGGUGUUUAGGUAUAUAUUAGUUUUAUAGAGAAUUGCUGAAUUUUAUAUGGAGAAUAUAAGGAAAUUUAGUAUAGUUUUCCAAAGCGCAAAUAGAAACCUCAAUGAUGAGGAAAAUGCUAAGGAUAAAAAUGUAAAAUUUAUUUAGUGUGAUAUGCUAACUCCUAUGUCAAGACUUAACCUAGACACCAAAAAAAUUAUGAAAAAGUCUAGGAGUUUUACAGAGAUUGCUUCCGAGUUUAAUAAUCCUUUUUGCUCUUAAGUUAUCUAACUCUCUCUGUAAGCGAGAAAGCCUAUCAGAGCAAUCUUACUAUUUUUGGGAAAUUAGCCAUCCUUAUGAGUGAGAAAUUUGUGUAAUACAUAAAUGUUUAAUAAAAAAAAUCGACAUAUAAAUUAUUAUAAUGGAAUUACAAGCUUAUUCUAAAACAGAUGCGCUCUAAAACAUAAAAUUUUAUUUUAUUUCAAAUGCGAAUGUCUAAAAAAAAAAAAUUUUAAAAAAUAAAAUUAUCACUAAAGAGCAUGCCAAAAAUUUUAUGUGCUCAUAACGAGGAUGAGUAAGAAUUUCUAGUGAUAGAAAGACUUGGCAAUUAAAUUACAAUAGCAAUUUUGCAUAUUUAAUAAAUUUUCAUAUAAAAAAAUAUAA